AUGCCUAAGGAACAAAAUACUCUGUCGAGUCUCAACUCCGAGACCUCGUCCAUCCCACAGACCGGAGUCGUGUCCCCCACGCGCGCCACAAAGUCCAAGCGCGUCCUUAGGGACACAGGCUUCCCAGAAUAUUUUCGCAAUGGCCCCAACACCACGCUGCCUCACCCCGAAGCGGACCUUUCCCCGAACGCGAUGCUUUCGUACGAGGAUGUCUCCGAAGAGCGAAUGAUCAAGAGGCAUUGGCGAUCCUUUUUGAGGAAGCACAAGCGGACGGUUUCCCACGGCGUCAUUAAUUCUCAGUCUGAAGCCUUGAACAGCAGUGCAUCUCUUUCGACGCUGGAUUUCGACGGGAAUACCGCCAAGCAAUUGAGGAGCACGUCGACAACCAGCAUACGACUGUCCAAGGACGGGGGCGAGAGCAUCCGCUCCGGCUCCAAGAAGUAUGAGGAAGACACACCGCCGACCUCUCCAGAUGUGGCAGAACGCCGCCGAAAGCCCAGAUUGUUCGGUCGGUUGAAGCGACCUUGA